AGAGUGUUAGGCAGGAAAACGGAAAAGUCAAACGAGUAACCAGGAUGCGACACAGAAUACCUUCUCUUUAAACUGUACGAUGGUUUGUUAAUUGUUAAGAAGAAAACGUCAUAUAACGUAGUCAGAGACCAAGUUGCAGCUAUGACGAAUGUGUACUCCUUUGAUGGCAUCCUUGUAUUUGGGCUGCUGUUCAUCUGCACUUGUGCGUACCUCAAAAAGGUACCACGUCUCAACAGCUGGUUGCUGUCAGAAAAGAAAGGAGUGUGGGGAGUCUUCUACAAAGCUGCAAUAAUUGGGACAAGGCUUCACAUCGCCGUGGCAAUUUCCUGCUUGAUCAUGGCCUUUUAUGUCAUCUUCCUGAAAUGAUAGUCACCCUGGACUGGACAGACGGAAUGGCUGCUGGCUGAGAACGGACUCAUCUCUGUGGUCCUGUGUCAAUCCUCGCCAUGGGGGCUGCCUCAAAGUGAGGACAAAUCCCCCGCUGAGCUUCUGGACCCUUGUAAAUAUCAAGCCAGUGCUGCCCCCUUCUGGAGACUAGGCAUAUAACUCUUUAUUGAAUAUGUAUGCACUACAGUGAUGGAGGAUAUUGUGACUCUACAGAUCCUACAAUUGAGAGAGCCUGCUGGUUCUUUUGAUUUCAUUCUGUCGUUGGGUUGUAUUGUUAUUUGUCUUAAUUAAGACACUCACAUGAUUAUUAUUAAUAUUGUACUUUAAAACAGCAGAAUGAAGGGUGAAAUGUGAAAACACUUUACCUGUGUACAAUUUUAAAUUUGCAUAUUAAAAAAAAUAAGUAAUAGAAAUCCAAUGAUUAAUUCCACUUGCUCCCAGUUAUACUAUUGUUUAUGUAUUGUUUUUCCUAGCACCGGUGGAGGGAAAGCUAAAGCUAAUAUAUAAAUAUGUCCACUCUUUUUUAAAAAAAAUUGCUUUUAAUCUUGUACAUUUUCUUACAAGAGCCUCUUAUGUUUGGCAUCUCCUAAACAUGUUUCAGGUUUGAAGGACACUUUUUGUACAUGUUUAUGUUCCAUUUGUUCGAUCGUCACCAGGGAUGCUUUUCCACCUCUUGUUUCAAUCAAAAACGUCAUUGUGCUUUACUGGAAUGAUAUGUGAAGUACUGAAACAAAGUAGUUCAUGCUUGUGAAGCAGAAGGAAAAUGAUGCAUGCUUUUCAAAUAAAAGAAAAAACAAAAAUGUGGUGAGCAUUUGAAUUCAGAUCCCCUAAGUCGAUUCUACUGGAACUGUUUGUGCUCCACACAAACAGUUUCACUUUGUUUUUGUUUUGUUUUUUCUGCGUAUUUACCAGUUUGCAAUUCACAUUUUUUGUUAAACUGCUUAAAUCCAAACAAGAAUAUGUUUUAAUUUGGACUUUACGGUUCUGGUUGAAGAUGAACCCCUGGCUCAGUUAAAAAUCUUCAAAAUACUUUUGUACCUUUUUGUUUCUAGGACUGAUUUCUAUAUAGAACAAUCUUAUGAACAGAACCUUACUAGUUCCUUCUACCUGCUGGAGAACAAAAUUCCCACAGCAUGAUGCUGCCACCACCAUGGUUCCAUGUGAUUCAGGAUGAUGUGCAUUGUUCGUUUUGUCACAAAUUACAUUUCUCAUCUUGUUAUAAACUGCUCCACAACUUUA